AUGGAACGAAGUGCAACUCAUUUCAAGCUUCAUCAUUGGGAUCAAGAAAACCAUUCAUUAUCCGAUGACGAUAAAGUUCCAUACUUUUUGCGAUCAUCAAAAACGACAAUACCCACGGAAGCAAAUGAUGAAUGUAAAUUUUGGAGACGAAAGGAUAUUCUCGUUCCUGGAACGACUAUAUCUAUUAACCCAACCGUUCGGGAGGUGAAUUUCUUGGAGAUGGCGAUGAAUGAAGAGAAGGAAACAGUGAGAGGAUUGGAUUUCCAUGUUUCCAAAGAAACCACCGAGCAACAUGUUUUGGAAAAAGUUGAAAAUACUGAUCGUUGCAUCUUCAUUUCGGAAAUAUUAUCGGAAAGUGAAUGUGAUGAGCUGGUUGAAAUAACUUCACAGCUUGGGUACGAAUCACUAGAAAAGGAAUAUCCAAAGAGUUAUCGCAACAAUGAGAGAGUAUUGGUGAUUAGUAAGAAAUUGGCAAACAUACUUUGGAGUCGAAUUAGACCAUAUCUCAAAGCACAAGAUUUUAAAGGUGUACGACCAUACGGCUUUGAUAAUAAUGGAACGUGGGUUCCAUCCUAUAUCAAUGAGUGCCUAAGAUUCAAUCGUUAUUACAAAGACAAAGCGUUCUUCAAGCCACACCAAGAUGCUAAAUUUGUAAAGAAUGACAAUGAACAAAGUAUUUUCACCAUACUAGUAUAUCUUGGCAAUAGUGCAGCACGAACAACCUUGUUAAAAAAAGUUUCAGAUUCAGCAGAAGCACAGCAUGACCAAGAUGUAUCCAUUAUGAAAUUUAAGGAGCUUGCUUCCAUUCGAUCUCUGAAAGGAGCAGCAGCAAUAUUCAAUCAUGAUCUAUACCAUGAGGGUAGUACAGUUUUUCAUGGUCAUAAACAUGUUUUGAGAACUGAACUAGUUUUUCGCAGAAUAGACUCAGAAAGUAUUUAUCGCAUGAAUUACAAAAAGGACGAACAAUAUUUGAAAAUUAAGAAAUUGAUCGAUGAAAGUGUCCAAUUAGAAAAGCAAGGUAAAAUUGAACAAUCCACAAUCAAAUACCUGCAAGCUCAUGAACUUCACACUGGACAGUCACAUUCUAUUCAUACAAGCAAAGGUAGCUCCGAAAGCUUUAUAGAAUCUCUAUUGCCGUCUGAAAUAUUUGUGGCUAUCUUCAGUUUUUUAAUACCUAAAGAAAUUUGCAAGACAGUGCUGUACUUAAACAGAAAUAUGAACGCACAUGCAAGAGAUCCUGUACUAUGGAAGAAUUUCUAUACAAAACAAUGGCCUUCCCUUGUAACAAUCACAAGUGCAAAGCCCGGUAUUGACAAGUAUAGUCUCAACAGACCCCAAACACGAACAAUGCAAAUUGUGAGCACUGAAAACCAGCUCAUUGAAAAAUUGGAAUCGACAUCGCAAGAAGAGGACAACUAUAAGGAUUGGUAUCAUAUAUUUAUUUCAAGAGCCAAUAUGGAAGCUUAUUUUUGUCCUGUAAUUUUGGACGUUGGGCUUGCUCAUUACAGAUACGGAUUAGCAAAGAAUAAUUCAUUUUGGAUGUCAUGCUCUCUGUUGGGAAAACCCAAUCAUCCGCAUUUUUACCUUCCUGGCUAUGGGUUUGACGACGUAUUAUGUGGCGAUCGGUUUUUAUCAUCUGCUUUUCACUGUGACAAAAUUACGUUAUUUUCAAAGAAUCGACGUAUUCGUUCAUUUACUAAUUUUUCAAUUUUUGUGUAUCAAUUAUAUAAGGAAGAUCUUCAAGUUAACAUUAAGGAACAUCCAAUUGUAAUUAUUACACCUCCAUCAUGGACGGAACAAGACAAGGAGACAAUUAAGGAUCAUUUGUUUUCAAUUGAUGUUCCAGCAAUAUGUUUCGUGGAUCCAUGCAAAAUGCUUGCACUUUAUUAUCAACUCGAAACAUUUUUACGAAUUGACAUUGGACCGUCUGGUGUUACUUGCACACCUGUUCUUAACGGAGAAGCUCAUAAUGAUAUUUCAACCCACCAUAUGCCUCAAAUUUAUGAACACUAUUUACAGGCCAAGAAAAAUAGAGUUUUCCAAAGUACGACGAACAAAUUUUGGCCAUAUGACUUUUCAGAGUUUGCUAUUGUUCCACCUAUGAGCAAGUUAGACAAUCCCAAAGAAUAUGAAGAAUUUAUUGUAAAAACAAAUAAGCCAACAGAUACCAGAUCAGUAUUUGCCAAAUUUCAACAAACACCACAAGUAGCCCGAGAACAGGUGGAAUUGGGAGAAUGGUAUUAUUUCUCAGUGUGUGAUUGCGUCGAUACAGCAAUUGCAAAAAUUAGCUCAUCGUUUGACAAGGCAACUGCUGACAACAUUUUCAGCAAUAUUCUGUUGACUGGUGGCGGAAUUCAUAUUUAUGGCCUUGGUGAGAGAUUGAAAAGAAGAAUUGUAGAAACUUUGACACCAUCGAAUGUUCGAGUAACAUUUACAACACAAGCAUCCAUUCGCUUUCCAACGAUUUCCAGUGAUCUUCGAGUGAAAACUUCAAGACAUGGUGGGGAUAUGGACCUUGUUGGAGGAGCAAAGAUAUUUACCAGUCUUCACAACUUUAAGCAUUAUUGUGAAUUUAAUCCAUCUCUUGAAAGUUCGAAUUUGGAGGAGUCUCAUUAA